CAGGGCAUUCAGGGCGUCGUAAAGCCUUCCCAUGAUGGCGUCGGAGCUACAGUCAAUCGGGGCACAGGCACAUACGAUAAACAGACAUCUAUCAAGUUUCCGCUUUCCCCUUCACGGACCUUGCCAGACGAUCCGCACAGAGGCGACUAUCAACAGGUAUGCAGUCGAGUAAGGAUACUUCCGUCCGCUGACUUAGCACAAUACCAAACCCUGCACACCCCACCGCAGCAGCCUCUGGAUCACCAGAUCCUACCACGCCAAAGUUUGAUUUCUGCAAAUAGCGAUCUACCUUCGGCACUCAAGGAUACUGUAAUCCAACUCAAAUGGCGGUACAAGGACACAAACCUGGGUCUUUUGCGCUUCUUAUACGGCCGACUGGUACCAGUAACCGCUGGUAUGCACUGA